AUGAAUUUACAAACAUACGCAACUUUAUCAUUGGUUAUAAUACGCCGAUAUAUAUUAUGCGAUCAAUAUAGCUUUAAUGAUAGAUUUAAUAUUAAAUUAGAUGAGCUGGUAGAUCUGAUUGCAAAGGAAAAUCAUAAUAGUAAGUUAAGCAAGUCCACUUGCUGGAAAUGGAAGAAAAUAUUUACAUCUAUUUCAACGCCGUCGGAAUCAUAUAAUAUUAAUACUGAUUUGUCAGAAGAUCUAACAAAACGCCAUAAAGUUUGGAGUCGUUGGGGCAAAUGGGGUGAUUGUUCAGUGACAUGUGGGGACGGAAUUAUAUCCAGAAGGCGUCUGUGCGUCGCCGGUCGAUGUGCCCCAGGUGAAAUAGAGGAACAACAUAGACCAUGUACUCGAACGCCAUGUGAUGGCACUAGAAAAGAUGAUUUUGAACCGGAUUUGAGUCCGUGA